UUUAUCGUAGAAUUCUUGCCCACUCUAUCCUUUUGAUCGUCAUCAUCAUCGUCAAUCACCUGAAAGCAACGAAAAAAUCUCGCAAAAAGGAUUAGCUAGAAAUGCCUCUCCAGGACACUUUCCCAAAUUCUCUAGACCUGGAGCAAGGUGACAACGCCAUCAUUGCGGUCGGCGGCGACAAAAUCCAAAGCCGCCCAAGAAGCUUGGAACUCUUGAAAAAGGUCUUGGCGGAGUUCUUGGGCUCUCUCGUGCUCCUCCUCGGCUGCGCGGGCACCGCGAUCCUGGCGAGCAAGCCAUCCAACGGCUUUGGGAUACAUGGAAUCUCGGCCGGGGCCGCAUUGACGGUCAUGAUCGUCAUCUUCUCCACUGGACACAUCUCCGGUGCCCAUGUCAAUCCAGCCGUCUCUCUCGCCUUUGCCUCGCUCGGCCGAUUCCCAUGGAUACAGGUUCCACUCUACUCUGGAGCGCAGUUCCUGGGAUCUGUGUGUGCCUCUUUCCUGCUCAACGCGUUAUUCCAGGGAGAUCCAAACAUCCAUGCCGGGGUGACCGUCCCCUCCAACACCGAGUGGCAAUCCUUCGCGGUGGAGCUCGUCAUAUCUGCCAUCUUGAUGUUUGUUGUUACAGCAGUGGCGACGGAUCCACAUGCAAUUGGAGACUCGGCAGCGGUGGCAGUGGCCGCUACAGUCUAUCUCAACAAUCUCCUUGCCAGUGCAAUCUCUGGAGCUUCCAUGAAUCCCAUUCGGACAUUUGGUCCGGCUCUUGCUGCUGGAGAAUACAGAGGAUUGUGGGUGUACUUCUUUGGGCCGAUUUUGGGAACUCAACUGGGAGCUGGAUUCUACACUUUGAUCCGCUCCAGCUGAUUGUCAGCCAAGAAAGUUCUAUCAAAAAACCUACACCAUGUAAAUCGUUAUACAAAUUUGAAAAA